GACAUGAUAAUGGAUGAGUGUAAUGAAGUAAACAUGUGACUGAUGAUAAAUAUGACCUAAUGAUGUGGAGUAAACAGCAUAAACCCCCUUAUGAGGGUUUUCACAGUAGAUAAGAUAGCUAGCACCAAAGGCACGGACGCUGGACUUCCUUUUUAGAUCAAAACCACUGAUGAUGCUACAAAAACAUCUUAUACAUGUUCCCCUUUCUUCAGCUUUAUAGGCAACACACACUUUCUACGUCCCUUGAGUUUGCUGAUCUUCAUCAUCUCCACCAUGAAGUCUCUGACCUUUCUUAUUUCUGCCCUGCUUGUUCUGGGGAGCGCUGAUGGUCUUUCGUGCCAUCAUGGCUGGACUCCGUACGGGAGCCGCUGCUUCCUGUAUGUACCAGCAAGGCUGUCCUGGGCCAGCGCCGAGAAAUUCUGCCUGAGCAUGAAAGCCAACCUUGCAUCGGUGCACAGCUACUCUGAGCACCUGGCCAUCCAGAGGAUGAUAACAAACGUCGCACACGCUAAUUUCCCUGCCUGGCUCGGAGGAUCAGACUGCCAGCGUGAGGGAACCUGGCUGUGGAGUGAUGGAACAAGCUUCAACUAUCGAUACGAUGGAGUGUUUAACAACGCUGGAGGGAAUCAGCACUGUCUGCAAAUGAAUUUUGGAUCUGCCAACAUCUGGAAUGAUCUGCAGUGUUCCCAUACACUUCCAUUUGUGUGCGCCAAAAAGCGUCGCACAUACGGCUGAGUUACGACAUCUGUCAUCAACACGACAACUCUGGGAGCGUGAAUGUGCUUUUUACAGCUGAUACGUAACUUCGCAUCCUAAUGAGCAGAAUAUUUCACACACUGAAUGUGUGUGUUAUGAUAAACCUCCUUUUUAAUCUACACUUUAAUGCUUUUGCAACUAAGAUGCUUUUUUUUUCUCGCAUGAAGCUUUAAUAAAACGAUCAGCAUUGAACUGGAGUCUGCUGAAAUCAUCAAUACCCAUGGGUUUGAUGGGAGGAAAGAGAAAUACGUCAUUGAAAGUUCAACAUGUUAAAGUUUUAACUAAAAUAUGUCAGAAUUACUCUCAAUGUUUAACAAUUUAGGUAAAACAGAAAGUUUUUAUGUAAGUUGUGUUUUGUUUAGUGAUGUCAUGCCUGAACUUUAGCUGUACAACUACUAAUACAAAAACAGGUAGAUACUCACUUUUCACAACGUUGUUGUGAGCCUGUGUGUGUUUUUGUUAGCGGCUCCACCCUCUCGGUCUACCAGGCAACAGCACUUGUUGCGGUUUCAAACAGGAAGUUGGAGUGGUGUGAA